GUGAGAUGUGCACGUCUGGUAUAACCUACCGUAGUACCUGUACAUGCAUUUAUCCGGCACCGUAAACAUGUGCGUUUUUCUCGUCGUGAAGUAAGUUUAGCACCGUAAAGGAUCAUUAUGGCGGCGAACGGAACGAAAGCGGAUUACCGGAGUGGAGUACGGCCUGUCAACCCCUUCGCCACAGGAGAGGGCGGUUUCUUCAAUGUACAGGUGGAGCAAGUUCCGGAGAAGAAGGGUGUUCUGUUUAAACAUGUGGAAUACGAAGUUAUCUUCCGUGGUCAUCGGGUACCGCGUCGCUACAACGACUUCGUCGCCCUGCACGACGCCCUGGAAUCAAGGUUUCCCACGCGUCUGUAUCCGCGGCUUCCGCCCAAAAAAGCCGUAGGCGCCGACGACGCGUUCAUUGCGAAACGGAAGAAAGCGCUCACCCGCUACGUCACGCUGCUAGCCAGGAACCCGGUGCUGGCGAAAACGGAACUGUUGCAGCACUUCCUCACCCAUCAAGGCAGUGAUGUGCAAGCGGUGAUUAAGCAGAAAAACACGGCAGCCGAUGAAUUUUCCCAGACCCAACCCGAAGCGUACCAGCACAUUGGCAUCACGGAAUGGACGGAGCGGUUAGCGCAGUUGAAGACCAACAUGACGGUUCUGGAUGCGGCUGUGCUAAAACUUCGUGAUACUAUGGAGAAGAUUUGCGCUACCAACAAAGAACAAGUGAAAAACUAUAUGGCUCUGAACCUGGACUUCACCAAUAUGGCUUCGCCGACAUCGUCAUCGUUCCAGACCGACAGCACUUCCGUCAACGUGUUCAACGAACACAAUCUGCGCGUGCUGGGCGAUAUCGCCUCCGAAGUAGCAUCGGUUACGAAACAAUGGCUCGAACUGUCAAACAACGAAGAAACAGAGGUUCUGGAGUACGUGUAUGCUAUGAAAGACCUCCUUAAAGGAUGGAAGGAUUUGCUUCUCCGCCAAGAUAAAAGCAUUGCCUCGGAUCAGAGAGUCGUGUCAAAAGCCGCUGCGGCCCGUCCGAAAGACCAGGGUCAAAUUGAAGAACGUUCCGGCAAUUUGAUCACGGCCGAGCAGCGUAUCCGCUUCGGAUUAUACUGUAUCCAGCAGGAGACGGAAUUUGUGCAGAUCAUCUUACCACCGCUGAUGAGCUUAUACCUGCGAUUCCUGGGGAAUAUCGAGAGCAGUCAUUUCCAAAAGUUGUCCACAAUUUGGGAUGAUAUAUCCAUGAUUGCCGACUGCUUACCGGCGGCUCCCAGUAAAGCCAGCGCUCCACCCUUGUGAGCGUUUCGGUUAUGGAAAAUAAAUAACUCGUUUUUGGAUAAACUUACUAUACUUAAAUGGGUCUCCUAUGGAUUUAAUUAGAAUCUAUAUUCAUCACUGAUAACAUUGCAUACGGACGAAGCAAGCGGAGUGUGUUGUAUAUCGUCGGCAGCGAUAAUGCUGUUUGUACUGUGCCAGCCCACAGAUUCCCCGAGGCUACAGUUUCCUACGUUAACACAUAGAGAUUAAUAAAUUCUU